UCGAAGUUUGUGUUUAGAGUUCGUGUAGGUGUGCAAAAAGUCAAAACAAAGUGGAAUCUUGCAGGAUUUUUGCUAGUUUUCUUCCAAUAUCCGUAGUUUUAGUCAAGAUUUUGUGAUUUCGAGCAUGACUCCAUUCGAUGAUUUUGCCUACCUGCUCAAUCUGAGUGAGAAUCCGACAAUUGAAGAUUUCAUCCUUCUGACGGGGACAAUCGUAGCUCUAGUGGCUUUCAUACUGUGGUGUUGCUUUCCCACAGUUCCCAGCCAGUCACAGCCAGCUAAAGACAACUUUGGUCAUGGCUUCUCCUGCAAUCGCUCUGCCCAGCAUUCUUCCCCGAGUCACCAGCAACAGUCCACAUACAGCAAGGACGCCUACUAUUCUGGAAUAAACUCGAGAAAUUCUUACCAUUAUUGCUCUUAAAGAACCAACUACUGGUGAUCACCUUCAUUCCCAUGGAUGUGAAAUUUAAAGAGAAAAGACAUGCUAUUUUCUUCUUAUAUUUACACUUAUGAUCUCUCUAUCUAGUCGAAAAAUAUGUAAUCUAUUGUAAUUCGAUAUUUGUGUGCAAUGUGAAUAAUUAAAAAAGAAUAUUUCAAUAAGAAAAAAA